AAGAAUUCAGUGCUUAAAGUGAAAGAAAGCGAAAUUAUAUACGAUUUUUGUUGGUUUCCGAAAAUGAAUUCAUGUCUUCCGUCCACCUGUUUAAUGCUGACUACAAGUCGUGAUAAUCCCAUACACUUAUGGGACGCCUAUACGGGACAACUAGUGGCCAGUUAUAAGGCCUACAAUUGGGCCGAUGAAGUGGUUUCGGCCAACUCUAUAGCCUUUAGUGCCGACGGAAAUAAAAUAUAUUCAGGAUUUGAGAAAUAUAUUCGAGUCUUCGAUACGUCUACUUCUGGACGAAAAACUGGUCAAAAGGGGAUCAUAUCGUGUAUUACAGUAAAUCCAUUCAAUCCAAACAUUAUAGCCGUUGGUUCUUAUGAUAAAAGCAUUGGUCUCUACGAAGAGCCGGGAAUGACAAACAUAUGCGUGCUAUCGGGUCAGAGAGGAGGUGUCACUCAUCUUAAGUUCUCUUCAGACGGCAAUCGUCUUUAUAGCGGCGGAAGAAAAGAUUCCGAGAUUCUCUGUUGGGAUCUGAGAAAUAUCGGUAAUGUCUUGUCUGUCAUCAAUCGUGAAGUGAAUACAAACCAAAGAAUAUAUUUUGAUUUAACUUUGGAUUCAAAGUAUUUGGUGACCGGAAGUGAUACUGGAUUUGUUGCCAUUUAUGAUAUUAGUAGCGAAUCAAGUGAUGAGAACGUAAUGAAACCAAUCAACACAUUUGUCGCACAUAAUGACUGUGUGAAUGGUAUUAGUCUUCACCCGACUCUACCGGUGCUGUCGACCACUUCAGGCCAAAGAAGAUUUCCUGAUAUUUCCGAUUCAGAAGACGAAGACUUGUCUCUAUUAAAGACAACACAAGAAAAUAGUCUAAAGCUUUGGUGGUUUUAA